AAACGCGUUCAUCUGUUCUCAUGUCGAAUAUUCGUAUGCUAAAUGAAAAAGAAGAAGCCAAUGGUGGCGAUGUAGAAGUGUCUUGGGUUGAUCAACAACGCAUCAAUGAAUUCAGUCGAUACAAUGCCAAAAUUGAUGACCUCGAAGAAAGAUACGAGAAACUCAAGCAAGAAAAAGAGUAUUUAGAUGAUGUUGCUAUGGAACUCGAAUUAGCGGACGAAGAAGAAGCCGUUCGAUACAAAGUAGGCGAUGCUUUUAUUCAUGUGCAUGCUUCAGAAGCAGUUGAAAGAGUAGAGAAAGAUGCCGAGAAACUUGGUUUAGAGAUUGAAGAUAUCAAGCAUCAAAUAGAUGGUGUACAUCAAAAGAUGGAAGCAUUAAAGAAAGAAUUAUAUGCUAAAUUUGGCAGUGCCAUCAACUUGGAAAAAGAAUAAAAGUUUUA